CUGCACUACGGGACCCUCCUGGGCAGCAGAGCUUGUGCCCACAUGGCAGCAGCUGCCUGGGCCAGUGGCUUUCUCUAUUCACUGCUGCACACAGCCAAUACAUUUUCCCUGCCCCUGUGCCAUGGCAAUGUCUUGGGCCAGUUCUUCUGUGAAAUCCCACAGAUCCUCAAGCUCUCCUGCUCAAAUUCCUACCUCAGGGAACUUGGGCUAAUUGCUGUUAGUGCCUGUUUGCUAUUUGUUUGUUUUCUUUUUGUCAUUUUCUCCUAUGUGCAGAUCUUCAGGGCUGUGCUGAGGAUCCCCUCUGAGCAGGGACAGCACAAAGCCUUUUCCACCUGCCUCCCUCACCUGGCCGUGGUCUCCUUGCUUAUCAGCACUGGCACAUUUUCACACCUGAAACCCCCCUCCAUCUCCUCCCCAUCCCUAGAUCUGGUCCUGUCAAUUCUGUACUCGGUGGUGCCUCCAGCCCCUCCGUUCCCGCCUCCUGCCCUGAGGGCCAUGGGGGCGGGAUGGCGUCCUGAGGGCGGCGCCGGGAUCGUGUGGUCAGAGCCUGGAUCCUGUGGGCGGAGCCUGGAUCCUGACUGCAUUGCCCGGAUAGUGUGGGCCAAGUUUGGAUCCUGCGGGCUGCUCCUGGAUGCUGUGGGCAGAGCCUGGGUCGUGUGGGCCGCGCCUGGAUCCUGUAGGUGUCACCAGGAUCCUGAGGGCAGUGCCCAGAUCAACCAGGCAGCACCCAGAUCCUGA